UUUAUAGAAUGACAAUUGAAUGGGUAUUGAUAACGGAACCAAAAUGAGAAUACACACGCACACGCCGCAGACACGUACGCAGGCGUGCACGCACGUAUAUAAGUGCACACUCAUAUCUAUAUACUUACUUACACCCACACACACACACACAUAUAUAUAUAUAUACAUGUUAUGGGAUACGCCUACGCAUUUUUAUAAAUAAAAAAAUUGUAUCAUUAUAUACUACUUAAUUAGAUUAUUAAUAAACUAAUCAUGAAUAAUAGAAUAGAAAUACUUUUACCAUUAAACUAAAAUUAUUUUAAUGAGAAUAGAAUAGAACUCAAUUUCAAUUUGGCUUUGAUCUUUACAUCUUUCAAGGAAACCUAUACACAUAUAUAUAUAUAUAUAUAUACAUAGAUACAAAGAGAGUUGCAUAGAUACAGAAAGGUGAACUUGUUGAUAUUACAUCAUCUAUUAUCAUGUCUAUUUCAUAUGUUGAUGAUAUAUCUGAUGGUCAAGGGAUAUUUAUAUUUGUCAAAAUUCUUAGAAGAUGGAAAGGAAGUUUAUACAAAUUAGUAUGGGUCGACUUAUUGAUCUACAUUUCAGCUUAUUAUGUUUUAAAUUUAUCUUAUCGGUUUGCAAUGAAUGAUAAGCAAAAAAUAAUCUUUGAAGAAAUUGUUGAAUUCUGUAUUAGAACUAAAGGUGAUAUACCUAUAUCAUUUUUAUUGGGAUUUUUUGUAUCCGGUAUAAUAUCACGUUGGUAUCAAAUGUAUUUAUAUAUACCAUGGAUGAAUCAAAUUGCAUUACAAAUCGCCUCAUCUAUUAAUGCAAAAAGUGAAGAAGGUUCAAGAAAAAUUCGUUUAACUAUAAUGCGUUAUAUGAAUUUAGCAUGGGUAUUAAUGAUGAAACGUAUAUCUGAUCAAAUUGCAUGUCGUUUUAUUAAAAAUGAUAAUAUUGGUAGUUUACCAAGUGCAUUAGGUCCUGUAUUACCUAAACGUAAAUCAACUAAUCAUAAACAUUUAAUAAGUAGAAAUACAUGUCAACCAUGGUCAAUUGAUGCAAGUGAAGUUGUUCGUACAUCACCAUCUAAAUCAAUAUUACAACAACAAUUAUCUCAAUCACAAUAUCCAAUACAAAAUAAAUUAGAUAGUCCAUUAAAUAAUAUAUUUAUACAACCACAAACACCAAAUUCAUCUGAUGUUCAUACACCAUUAGCACCAUUAGCUACAGAUGAAGAAUUUGGUGCAUUACCAGAUGCAUUUGAAGCAGCUGAUGUUGUAGAAUUAAGAGAGAUGUUAAGAGCAUUGAAUCAAGAUCAAAAAGUGAAAAGUUCAUUUGGUGUAUUAAUUACUGAAAAAGAAAUUUCAUCAUUUGAACGUAUAGCAGCUGAUUGGUUUCGACGUACAAAAACUAAUUAUACACCAGAAUAUUGGGUACCUAUACAAUGGGCACAAAGAAUAACAUUAAAAGCAUUACAUAGUGGUUAUAUUGAUGAUCCUAAAGUAGCAUUUUAUACUGUUGAAAAUAUUGGUAGAGUUAGACAAAGUAUGCAGAAUUUACAAGUUUACAGUAGUAUUAUGAUUCCAUUAGUGUAUACUCAAGUUGUAAUUAUAGCAGUUUAUAGUUAUUUUAUGUGUCAAAUAUUCGCUUGCCAAUUUGUUCAACAUCGUAAUCAAAAUGGUCAACAUAAUGUAGAUUUAUAUGUACCGAUUUUUAGUAUAUUCUCUUUCUUAUUUCUUAUGGGUUGGUUAAAGGUAGCUUUAUGUGUGAUGAAUCCUUUCGGUGAUGAUGAUGAAGAUUUUCAAACAUCAAAAAUAUUAGAUUAUAAUUUAGAUGUUAGUUAUCGAUCUGUAUUUAUGGAUCCUGAUGCUUUUCCAGAAAAUCUUUCAUCACCAAUGGGAAAGAAAAAAUCAGAUGAUAAUGAAUCAGAUGAUUUAUUAAAAUUUUUAGAUCAAGUAGAUCAAGAAAUUGCUGAAGUUAGAAAUAAAGAAUUAUUAAAUGAUGUUUCUAAUUUGGAAAUGCAUCCAUCAUUUUGUGAACGUGCAAGAAAUUUAUGUUGCUGUGAGAAAAAGAAACCACCACCACCUCCAAUUAUGGUUACAAACGUAGAUUAUGAAAGAUAUUAUGAGACACCAAUGAAACCAAGUCAUCUUCAUCCCAGUAUAAAAAAAUGGACAUGGCUUAGAAGUUAAUUAUUUUGAGUAAAUAACGAGUUGUUGAAUGCUUCCUAUUGCUUUCUAUUGAUGGUCUAGCUUUAUUUAACUGAUAAAUUCAAUUAUUAACUAACUAACUAACUGACUACUUGUUUGUUUAUUUGAUUUCUCUAUUCUUGAGAUGGUGAAGAAGAUUUGUAAUUCAGGUAGAUGAUUUUGAUGGAGUUUUGUUUUCUGAACUGGAUUGUUUGAUCGUGGAGCGCUAAUCGUCCUUCUGAACGACAUCAUCAGAAUUCGCACUCGAAGUUUAUGCCUCCUAUUUUGGAUUCAUCAUCUAGAUGUAAUCAUCUCCUAGAGUUGAUAUUCACUCCUGAGUUUGAACUAAGUAUCUCUCAACCUAAACUCACACAGAUCACAAGUUCGAUAUAAGACGAAACAAGCAUCCUAGAUUUCAUCACUAGUCAUCAUCCAUCUUUACUUAAACAUCCUUCUAACUUAUUAACAAUGUCGAGCUAAAUCCAAUUCACAUUUCAAAUUACAAAAACCAAAAUUUAAAAAAUUUCAUACAGAACAAAUCUAAUUUGUGUGUAAUCUAAUAGACAUUUAAAAAUAUUUUGCUUUAUUUUUGAUAGGCUACUUAUAUUUUUAUUCAGUAGUCUGUUUAGAUAUACUAAAUAUUUUAUUUUGGACAAGCUUCUUAUUGAAAAUUAUGUACAAUUAUGUUUUUUUUUUAAUGUCUAUGUUUAUUCAUACAUAUCAGACCUCAUUGGAUCAUCAUUUUCUUUCAUAUGAUCAUUACAGUUCAAAGAAUUGAACCACAUUAUUUUCUAUAAUAAUGUUUAUUAUUGACAAGAAUUAUCGAAGAUGAUCAUCAUAAUGGUUGUAGAAGAAUUGAGAACAUUAUUGGAAACAUUCCAUAAUUUCAUGAUAAUCAAUAUGAACUUAUCUCUAGUGAAUUGAUUUUGUUACAGAGAUUACCAUUAUUAAUUACUAUGAUAUAUAUAUAUAUAUUUGCAUAA